AUUUUCACACAUUGAAGAGACAAGCUUUAAUGGAUAUUGACAAUUCAGAAGAACCACAACAAGAAGAUAUGAUUGCUUGUGUUGUAGCUCUUGAAACUGCUCUACUCCCAUGUUUACCUGCAAGAGAGCUUCAAGCAAUUGAUAGAUCUCCUCAUCCCUCACACCAGAUUGAUGUUGAAAGGCAUGCUAGAGACUUUAUGGAGGCUGCGAAAAAACUUCAGGUCUAUUUCAUUGGAUUACAACGCGAAGAUCAACCGCCGCCUACUGAAAUAGAUAAGCUACACAAGGAAAUUGGUGUAAUGGAAGAAGAAAUAAGGGUUAAAUCUGAUCUGAUUGAGAAACAAAUUAGAUUGAUUCAAGGAUGGAAAGGGGAGUUGCAGGACCAAUUGGACAAACACAACUCUGAGUUAGAAAAGGUUUAGUAGCAGACUAGGUUGUUAAGGUUCGGGUUUUUGGAUAAAUUUAAUUUCGACUCAUCAUACAUCCGACCCCUACUACGUCGGUUAUACUCAACCAAGAUCAUAUUUCCCGACUGAAUGUUGAGAUAUUGAGUCUGAAUGUACUAGAUAUUGAGUCUGAUUGAUAAUUGUUGGGACAUCUGAUCCUAUAUAUUUGCAUGUUUUAAAUUAAA